AUGGCUAGCAAAGAACUUAGUCAAGACCCUCUUGUGGUGUGGCCUGCCUCCCUUGAGCCUACUGCUAGGGCUGCCUUUGACAUGGCCAAUGCUCCAGGAUGCCCUGUCCAGGUCUGUGAGAUUGAUGAAGCUCGGCGCCAGGAACUGCGUGCGUUGCGAAUGGCUUUCAGGAGGGACUUCCCGCAAAUGCACCGGGCUGGAGCUUGGUACGACAGUUUGGUUUCUGGUGAUUUGCCUGAUGAAAGGCCACCUCAAUUAUCUUUUUUGCGUGAAGCUAGGGCUCACCGCAUUGAUUGGACUGAUUUUCAACUAGGUCAUCGGGCACCAGCCCCACGACCUCAUGAGCUUCAGGUUUUGGGGCAAAAGAACCUGGGGCAACAUCUGCAGGACAACUUUGGUGCCGGUGACCGGCUGGAAAGGGCCAUCAAUACCUAUGUUUUGCAUCGAGUGCCAGUGCCCACUCACAAGCAGCACCUCACGGUCAUUCCCAAUCAGUCCAUGGAAGAGUUCUAUUUGCCUCUGACUGCUUUCAACAUGAGAAUGGGAUUUGUCACUGCGGAAAAGAUCGAACCAAGCCCCAUUACCAUCAUGGGUGAAAUCAAUCAAGCGAUUCAAGUGGAGAAGAGCUUUGUACGUGGUGGUCGGGCUGGCUUGCGGGACCUUUUGAAUAUCACAGUGACCAACUACAACAAAAUGGUCACCAACAAGCGACAUCGCAUAGAUUCCGGCCGUAAGGAGGCCACGCAGCUUCUGGCAUCGCAUUACGACCAGUUUGUUCACCAUGUCUCUGGAUUGCCCCAUUCGAUCCUUCAGCUUGACUUCUAUGUGCCGGAUGUCACGACCCGCAAAGACUCCGAGAAUUACCGGAACAAAGCGAUUUGGGGUGAGAUCUUGUCGACUAGCCCGGAAACUUGCUUGGCUUACUUCAAACGUGUCACAGAGGACUUUGCCAAAAUGGCGUCAAAAGAGGCCACCAUGAAGAAGAAGAAAGAAGUCCAGCGUGGGGAAGAUGCCCAGAUCCUUUGUCACGACAUCGUUUGCUUGUGGAUAUGGAUCAAGGCAAAGUUGGAAGAGCACUUUCCAGGCGACGUUGUUCAACGUCACCAGAAACUCUUUGAUGAUGGGCAUUUGGACGCUGACCUGUCUGCGGCGCUGAAGUCAGCCGAUGCUGCCUUCGAUUGGGAGCGGCUUCCGUUCAUCCUAGAGGCCAAAGGAAAGACCUUCGAAGACUACAUGGCGCAACACCAGGACUCUGCCCGCAACGCCUUGCAGCGAUCUCACGAGGCGGCCUUCCUGGCCUGGCAGGAGGAGCUUCGUGCUGACCAAGCCCAGUUCAUCAGUGAUCGGAUUUUGGCUCAGAAAGAAGGAGAAAAGACCCGAGCCAAGCUGGUGAAACAGCUUGAGGAUUGCCACAACCGGGCCUGGGAAGCUGUUCGAACCUUCGUGGAAACCAACCUCAGCAUGUUUGUCAGCAAAACAUCUGAUGCUGAAGCGGUGGUCACACCCAAUGUUCGUUCAUGGAUCCGAGAUAAAAUCCGAGAGCAUGGCAAUGCGGUUGAUGACCACUGCGUGGUGAUGAUUUUGAAUUGUCCUACGGUCGGCAUAAUGACUGCAGGGAAGGAAUCCUUCUUUUUGAACUUCAUAACGAAUGUCAUCAGUGAUCUGCCCCUGAACAGUAUGUGCCUUUUGAUCCACCCAAACCGGGCUGGGCAAGCAGAGGGCAGGACCCAAGGCGCUACAAAGGCAGAUGAUGAUGACCGUGACCACAAAGGUCCUGGAGUGAAGAAGGAUGAGACAAAUGAAUCUGACUCUGAUCAGUCUGACCCGGGUUCAAAAGACCGGGACCCUGAGGAUGUAGAUGUGAGAGAUGUCCGCUACAAACUUGAGAGUGCAUUGGCCAUGAAGGACCGAAACCUGCUGGUGCGAAACAUGUCUUGGAUCUUUUCCCCCGACUCUGUCUAUGGCAAGCGAGAAGGCAUCGUGCAUGGCCUUUGCAUCCUGUCACGCGAGAAACGGAAUCUUUUCCGCAACACGAAAGCUUUCAAGACGGGGACCAUCCAUGGAGUGACAAUGUUGCCACGGGCAGACAUGUUCAAGCCACCUCAGGCCAUGAGGUCUCAGCUUCCUCACCUGGGCAGGGCUCUGACUGAUGUGCAAGAAAUGCGUCAGGUGGCCGCGGGAACCAAUUUCAUUCGAAAGAGCCUGGAGGCCUUCCAGGUUGAGCUUGCUGAAGGGAAGGACUGUGUCUGUGGCACGGUAGCGUUGGACAGCAGUGGUUCCGACAUUGUCAACAUGGUGGGAAACAAGUUGUAUGAGCAGUGCAGAGCAGGGCAUCUGCAGAUCAACAACUUCCCCCAGUUUGACCCCAUCUUGACUGCGUUGAAAGCUGGUUACUCCACCCAAAGAGAACAAUCUUUCAGGGUCAGUGUGCAAAAGGCUGACUCGCUACUCAUCCUCGAAUCACUGGCUCGAAAGUGGGUGGAUAACGAAGGGACUGCCAUCAAAGCCAAUGAAAUUAUCGCCUUGCACAACCAGGAAUAUAAUUCCACCCAAGAGAUGUGGCUUUCUGAUACCAGGACUGCAGCCGCAGAUCCAGCAGUUGAUGACCAAGCCGAGCGUCCUGCGAAACGAAUCAAGGUGGAACCGACCAUGCAUGAUGAAGUGUCCAAACUCAAGAAUCCGAAGACCUUCAGCUUGAACAACACGUGCGAUCUCAUCCAGGGCAAUGAUGGGGCUGAUGUUUUCAUGUGCUCAAAGAGCAAAAACCAAUUCUUUCAGAACCGAGAGAUGUUUGGAUUCGGAUCUGGUGAGUGGAGAGAUGGUCCAGAUGGCAAGGAAUUGAUGAGCGAUGACUCUUUCGAUCGUUGGUUCAACUUUGCGGUGUGUGGCACUUCGUUGAUUUGUUUGGAGAAAAAGGACCUCCCAGAACAUCUCCAAAAGAUUGAGGGCCUGGAUGGCAUCGCUUCCCUUCAAUCUGUCCUCGCCAACCUGGAGGAUUGUGGGGAGGUCAAAGUGGAGGUCUCCCACCAUGCAUUCAACGAUGGUGAUUGGAAAUCUACCAAGCCUUUGGUUUUCGUUCUUGACAACAUGGCUGACUUGGAAACCAAAGAGAAAGAGAAAAAGUCAAAGAAGAACAAGGGCAAGAGCCUAACCCAUCGCAAUUUUGGGGCUUUCCUGGAUAUCGGCAAAGUCAAGAGUGCCCAGCACCUCUCUCUUGCCUGGAGAUGCCGGCUCCUAGACUAUAUUCCCUACUUGGUUUUUAUUUUGAAUUGA